GAAAGUCGUGGUGUUACUUAACUACUAUAUGCACAGACAAGUGGUCAGUUUCAGAUCACAUUUUUACAGAAUACAGAAAAGGGAAAACAAACUUGGACUUGGAACUUAAUCUUCUCAUUCAGCAAAAUCAACAGACAAAGCUUAUGGAGAGAAACGUAACUUUCCAUCAGUUCCCAGCUGGCAAUCACAGCCUCACCAACUUCACGUGUUCCCGUGACAACAUUUUGAAGACUGUGGUCUUUCCUGUUCUCUACGCCGUCCUGUUUCUGUUGGGGCUGUCACUCAAUGGCGUCGCAGUGUGGGUGUUUUUUCGCAUCCCCUCGCGAUCUCACUUCAUUAUAUACCUGAAGAAUAUCGUGGUCGCAGAUGUCAUCAUGACCUUCACGUUCCCUUUCAAGGUGUUAUCAGACUCCAACAUGGCAUCCACUGGUCUGCGUGUAUUUGUUUGCCGAGUUUCCUCAGUGCUCUUCUACCUGACCAUGUACAUCAGCAUCCUGUUCUUUGGCCUCAUCAGCAUCGAUCGCUGCAGAAAGACCCUUGAGCCCUUCAGGGGGACUAAUUCAACCCGGUUAGCUCGUCGAAAGCUCCUUUCCGGGGCCAUCUGGGCCAUUCUGCUCAUUCUCUGUCUGCCCAAUGUGAUCCUGACGUGUAAAACCCCAACUUCAAAAUACUUCAAGUGCAGCAACCUGAAGACUGAGGCCGGGCUGUUUUGGCAUGAGGUGGUGAAUCACGUCUGUCAAGUUAUUUUCUGGGGCAACCUGGUGACUGUGAUAAUAUGCUACACUCUGAUAACCAAAGAGCUUUACAGAUCCUACUCCCGCACCAAAUCCCACAGCGCCGGAGGAACUAUAUGUCGAGCACAGGGCGGGACGACAACUCGCGCUCCCCAAACGGCCGCAAGAAAAAUGAAUGCAAAUGUGUUCCUGGUUCUGGCGGUAUUCUUUGUGUGCUUUGUGCCGUUUCACUUUGCCCGCGUGCCGUACACUAUGAGCCAGACCCGCGGGGUUCUCUUUGACUGUAGACUCAAGCUCUUCUUCUUUCAGCUGAAAGAGAGCACUCUUUUCCUCUCAUCCCUGAACUCUCUUCUAGACCCGCUCAUCUACUUCUUCCUCUGUAAGUCCUUCAGAACCACCCUGUUCAAGACCCUGCGGCUCCCUCCUGGUACCUGUAGCUGGCUGACAGGAAGAGGGACAGCCACGGAUACAGGCAGCACCCCACUGAGAGACUCCUCCGUGUGUACAUAAAGUCACAGGACAUCACACACCACAAAGACUCUUGUAAUGUUGUAGAGUGGUGGAGGUGUUUCACGAUGAUGUCCUGCUGUUGGAAAUGUACCUUUGUGCCUAGAGGAUGUGCUGCAGGUGAGAAACACCAUGAUCAUGUUGUUUGAGUCGCACCGUCGGUCCUGAAGAUAGAAAGGAAAUGUGUAUGGCACAGCAAAUACAGUAUUUGUGUUCACGAUCAACAUAAAAUCACAAUGUCAUUCCAUUAAUAAAUAAUACACCGUAACUAACAGUAAAAAA